UCAUCUUCUGAAUUCUCUCUUUCAGUUCUGAUAGAAGGAGGGAAAGAAUUUACCAGUUCAUCCUGAGAACUGUGUUCCUGUUUUGUAACUCUUUAAUUUAUCGCUUUUGUUUUCCUUCCCCAGUCAUGGCGUUCCCAAAUCAAUUAGCUAUGUCAGAUUCAUCAUCUCCACAGAGAAAGAUGGGAAGAGGGAAGAUUGAGAUCAAGAGGAUCGAGAACACCACAAAUCGUCAGGUCACUUUCUGCAAGCGCAGAAAUGGCCUCCUCAAGAAGGCUUAUGAGCUCUCUGUGCUUUGUGAUGCUGAGGUUGCUCUCAUCGUCUUCUCUACUCGUGGUCGCCUCUACGAAUAUGCUAAUAACAGUGUGAAAGCAACAAUUGAAAGGUACAAGAAGGCAUGUUCAGAUUCAUCUGGUGCUGGAUCCACUUCUGAAGCUACUGCUCAGUAUUAUCAGCAAGAAGCUGCCAAACUGCGAGCUCAAAUCAGUAACCUGCGGAACAACAACAGGCAAAUGAUGGGGGAGACUUUGGCAGGUUUGAGUGCAAGAGAUCUCAAGAACUUGGAGUCUAAGUUAGAGAAAGGCAUUAGCAGAAUUCGUUCCAAAAAGAAUGAACUUCUAUUUGCAGAAAUUGAGUAUAUGCAGAAGAGGGAGGUAGACUUGCACAAUAACAACCAGCUUCUUCGAGCUAAGAUAGCUGAAAGUGAGAGAAACCAGCAGCAGCAGCAGCAGCAUAACAUGAAUGUGUUUCCUGGAGGGUCAAAUUAUGAAGCAAUGCAGUCAUCAAAUGAGCAUCAAUUUGACUCUCGAGGUUUCUUCCAAGUGACUGGUUUGCAACCUACUAGUCACUACGCUCCCCAAGACCACAUGUCCCUCCAAUUAGUGUGAUGUGCUCGUGACUUGUUAAGAACUUCUGCUUCUUGUAUUUUGGCAUAAUAUGACAGCAGAUGAAUGCUAGAGCGUUAAGGCAACAAAUAUAUAUAUAUAUAUAUAUAUAAGCAGAACUGUGUGAGAAAGAUAUUUUGAAGUAUUAAUUCCCUCUCUAUGUAGUGGCCUUGUAGACAUUAAUGAUAACACUAAAUAUUCCGUGUUCAUGGUGAAAGCUGCUUAAUUACGUGUUUGGUACGAGUUAUGCAGGAGACAGCUUGACAUGUUUGGACUUCGGAAUACUUUUUUAUUAAUUCCUAUGACGUUAGUUUCCCUUCC